AUGUCUUUUGCACCUGCUUUGCGCCUCUGUGCGCGUCGUGCUGCUGCCCCGUCCGUUCUUCGCCCUGCCUUCACCCUUCCUGCUGUGCGAAAGCUUCACAAUUUCCCUCCUCGUCAGGACAAACCGGGAAAAUACGCCCAGACUGAUCCUCAGAUCGAGGUUGAGUACCCCGAGGACCAUGAGCUCCCCAGCAGUGAGCCUGUCUCGGGCACUGGUGGCCAGUAUGUGAAGCCCACCCUGCCUACCUUUUCGCUCGACGGCCAUGUUGGUAUCGUCACUGGUGGAGCGCGCGGUUUGGGUCUUGUCAUGGGACAGGGAAUGGUAUUCUCUGGUUCCAACCUUGCCCUUGUUGAUAUGAACAAGGAGGAGGCCGAGAAGCAGACCAGUUUGAUCAUCGAAGAAUUCAAGAAGGAGAAUCCUCGAGCUCGACGAAUCCCAAAGGUCACGGCUCACUAUGCCGAUGUGUCCGAUCCUGAGUCUGUCGAGGCAUGUAUUGCCGAGGUCGUUAAGGAACACGGAAAAGUCGACAAUCUGGUCACAUCAGCUGGUUUCACAGAGAAUUUCGAAGCUGUUAACUACCCUAUCGACCGUCUUCGCAAGCUCUGGGCUGUUAAUGUCGACGGCACCUACCUGUUUGCAACCUCAGUCGCCAGGCACUUGAUGCAGAGGAAGGCUCCUGGUAGCAUAGUCAUGAUUGGUAGCAUGUCUGGCUCCAUCGUCAACGUUCCGCAGCCACAGGCUCCCUACAAUGCCGCCAAGGCUGGAGUGCGCCAUCUCGCUGCUUCCUUGGCCGUUGAGUGGGCUCAGGCAAAUAUUCGAGUAAACUGCAUCUCCCCCGGUUACAUGUUAACCGCACUGACUCAGAAGAUUCUCGACGACAACCCCGAUCUCAAAGCGAAGUGGACCUCGCUCAUUCCUCAAGGCAAGAUGGGACAGCCCCAAGAUCUUAUGGGACCCGUGGCAUUCCUUCUAUCUGAUGCUUCUUCUUAUGUGACAGGAGCCGACAUCCGGGUUGAUGGCGGCUAUACAGUUACCUAA